AGAGCCGAGAUUUUUGCUCGUAGCACCUUUCUUCUUUCCCACUCAUCGUGGGGUAAAAGAGAUGACCGGUCAAAUGUUCCCACGGCUGCGCGCGCGCAUUCUGUAUUUUUUAGUAACGCAACCUGAUGCGUGCGUCUGUGUGAACUCGGGAAUCCCCUGAGCGCGCGGCGCAAGGAAAGGAAGAGAAAAAAAAAAGAGAAAAGAUUCCGUUCGCGCGCGCAAACCACCACCUUCCGGGUACGAGCGCGCUCAGGGCACAGUAGGCAAACGCAAAAGAUUUGGGGAUGCAUCAUGAGAGAUGCUCAGCUGCUUGAUCGUGAUGAGUUCAUGAUGGAUCACUUUUCCUUGCGAGACUGCGUCGAAAAUCGGGGAAACAAUAUUUAAUAAAAAGUGAGGAUGACGACACUUGACGAUGUUCUGAUGGCCAAAUGCGUGCCACAGCCUCCGGGGUUUAUAUGAACAUUUCUUAAGAACUGCAAUGAAGAAUUGCAGGAAGCAUGCGGAUCUCCGAAUCUUCUAGGAUUUUUGUCUCAUGAACUUCUACAUUAUGUAUAAACUUAAACCCAUCAUUUUUGGCCCCCUGGACUGUUGCUAUAUUUAUCCCUAGUAACAGAGAAAAAAAGGGGGCAGAAAAAAAACAGGAGACAAACGCAAAUAUUUUCAUACUCUCCAUUUUUCAUGCCAGGAUAGCAUAAGCUUUAACAGCUAUGAUGACCGAGGUGGAGCGACCCUCGGUGGUGGGUGUGUCCUCCCCCGGAGCUGAUUCCAGUUCAGAGACAGUUCCAUCUCCUGGAUGGGAGGCAGCAAUUGAUGAAGAAGUAGGGCUUGCGGAGCAAGAAGAUGCGGGGUCUACGGUGCAGGAAGUGGAAUGUGGUGAUGCGAACAGUGAGCUAAGAGCUGUAGUGGUGCCAUAUCCAGAGCUGGCACCCGUAGUUUUCUUCUGCUUGAAACAGACGACGUGCCCAAGGAGUUGGUGCAUCCGAAUGGUGGACAGCCCAUGGUUUGAGCGAGUGAGUAUGAUGGUGAUCCUGUUGAACUGUGUGACCCUGGGGAUGUACCAACCGUGCGAGAACAUCGACUGCUCCUCACAUCGCUGUCAGAUCCUGCAGGCAUUCGAUGCAAUUAUUUAUAUCUUCUUUGCCGUGGAGAUGGUGGUGAAGAUGGUGGCACUGGGCAUCUUCGGCCGCCGCUGUUACCUUGGCGACACGUGGAACAGGCUGGAUUUCUUCAUUGUCAUGGCAGGGGUUGUGGAAUACUCUCUGGACCUUCAGAACAUCAAUUUUACAGCCAUCAGAACAGUCAGGGUUCUACGACCACUGAAAGCCAUCAACAGAGUCCCAAGUAUGAGAAUCUUAGUAAACCUGCUACUGGACACCCUACCCAUGUUGGGCAACGUGCUCCUGCUCUGCUUCUUCGUCUUCUUCAUCUUCGGCAUCAUCGGUGUACAGCUGUGGGCGGGGCUUCUGCGCAACCGUUGCUAUCCUGAUAAGAAUUUCACUCUUUCAACAGGAAUGGCUCUGCCUGCUCCCUACUACUCCCCUGAUGAGGAAGAUGAGCGGCCCUUCAUUUGCUCGUUGCCUCAGGAUAACGGAAUCAUGUCAUGCAACGAUGUCCCAGCACGACGUGAAGGAGGCCGUGAGUGCUGUUUAGAUGUGGAAGAUGCUCUUCACCUACAGACUCUUGGCUUGCCAGCUGAUCCGCUGAUGAAUGCCAGUAUGGGUGCUGUUCCAGGCCUUUGUGUCAACUGGAACCGCUAUUAUACCCAGUGCCGCACAGGAUACUCCAACCCACACAAGGGGGCCAUUAACUUUGACAACAUUGGCUAUGCAUGGAUCGUGAUCUUUCAGGUUAUAACUCUGGAGGGCUGGGUGGAGAUCAUGUAUUAUGUGAUGGAUGCGCACUCCUUCUACAACUUCAUCUACUUCAUCCUUCUAAUCAUAGUGGGCUCUUUCUUCAUGAUUAAUCUGUGCCUGGUGGUCAUAGCCACUCAGUUCUCUGAGACGAAACAACGGGAACACCAGCUGAUGCAGGAGCAGCGUGCCCGCUGUCUGUCCUCCAGCACGUUGGCAUCGCUGGCAGAGCCGGGAGACUGUUAUGAGGAGCUCUUUCAGCUGACCUGUCACGUGCUGCGUAAAGCCCGUCGCCGGUCUGCUGCCUUCUUCCGGGCACUGAGACCACGCCCACAGCAGACCACGCCCACCCAGUCACAAACCAACGUCAAUGGUGGAGAAAGAAGGCAACAUCAGGCUCAAGUUUCCCAAUGUCCCCAUCACACAAAGCCUAACCGGGCUCCUCCGGAAAGUUCUAAUGUUUUUUCACCCCCCGUCUCCGAGGACUGUCCUCACUGCAUGGCCUUGUCUCUCAGAGAUGGUGCAGGUCCCUCAGGGAUGGUGGUCAAACAGGAGGCAGAGGAGGGUGCACUGGAGGACACAGAUGGACAUGCUGGUCAAUCAGGAGAACAGAAGGAAGAGCGGGUGUGUAAGGGAAAGUGUAAAGAGCUGUGGAUAGAGAUAAGAAUUAAACUGUGGGGAAUUGUAGAGAGCAAAUACUUCAACCGAGGCAUCAUGAUUGCCAUUCUCAUCAAUACAAUCAGCAUGGGCAUCGAACAUCAUGAGCAGCCCGAGGAGCUGACUAACGUUCUGGAGAUCUGCAACAUCGUCUUCACCAGCAUGUUUGCCUUGGAGAUGAUCCUGAAGCUGACUGCCUUCGGCUGUUUCAACUACCUGCACAACCCGUACAACAUUUUCGACGGCAUCAUCGUUAUCAUCAGCGUGUGUGAGAUUGUCGGACAGUCCGACGGCGGUCUGAGCGUGUUGAGGACGUUCAGGCUGCUCCGCGUGUUAAAGCUGGUGCGCUUCAUGCCUGCACUGCGCCGGCAGCUCGUUGUCCUGAUGAAAACCAUGGACAACGUGGCCACAUUCUGCAUGCUGCUUAUGCUCUUCAUCUUCAUCUUCAGUAUCUUGGGAAUGCAUAUAUUCGGCUGUAAGUUCAGUCUGAAGACAGACGCUGGAGACACAGUUCCCGACAGGAAGAACUUUGACUCUCUAUUAUGGGCCAUAGUGACUGUUUUUCAGAUCCUGACUCAGGAAGACUGGAAUGUAGUGCUGUAUAACGGCAUGGCCUCCACCUCUCCUCUGGCAGCUCUUUAUUUCGUGGCUCUCAUGACGUUUGGAAACUAUGUGCUUUUUAACUUACUUGUUGCCAUUCUGGUAGAGGGAUUUCAAGCAGAGGGUGAUGCUAAUCGCUCAUAUUCAGACGAUGACGGGUCGUCCUCCAACUAUGAUGGAAGUGAUAGACACAAGGACUCGCUCCAGCUCUCUGAUCCUAAACUUUGUGCUUUGACCCCUAAUGGACACCUGGAGAUGAACCCCAUAGGAGGCGGAAUGAUAAAUUUGGAUGAGGAAUCUCAUAAGAGCAGUGUCACGAGUCUGGGCAAAAGCAGCCUGGAGCAACGUUCCUUCUCACUGCGUCAUGGCCGUAGUUCAUUGUACCGACACUGGGGGCGCCCCCACCCUCAGUCAGUAUGGAGUCGCCGCUCUAGCUGGAACAGUGUGGGUCGUGCUACUCGGGGCUUGACGGUAGGGGGUAGCCUGCGGGUUCGAGGUCCCCAUUCCCACCCUUCUGAGCGAGAGUCCCUUCUCUCCCCACGCCCCCAUAUCUCACAUCACCCACCCCUCCUUUCUCGGCGUUACCCCCUUCGACGCGAUCGACGUGCCCUCUCACUCGAGCUUCCCGAGCAGUUCCAGCUCCCUGGGCCCCCACUACAGCACCCUCUUCUGAUCAGGAAGAAAAGUGUGUGUGGGGAACAGCACCAGGACUGUAAUGGGAAAGCGCCAAUUCGUCAGAGAGCACUGCUGAGCGAGGUUUAUCCACAACUCAAUGCUCGGAAGGACAAACCCCACCUCGACGAGGAGACAGACUAUAGCCUAUGUUUUCGGAUCCAGAAGAUGAUAGAGGUUUAUCGCCCGGACUGGUGUGAGACGAGGGAAGACUGGUCUGUGUACCUGUUUUCCCCUGAGAACAAGUUCAGAUUAACCUGCCAGAAGAUUAUUGCUCAUAAACUGUUUGACUAUGUAGUGUUGGCCUUCAUCUUUCUCAACUGCAUCACAGUGGCACUUGAAAGACCCAAGAUUCACCAAGGCAGUCUGGAGCGAGUCUUCCUAACCAUUUCUAACUAUAUCUUCACUGCUAUCUUCGUAGCCGAGAUGACGGUCAAGGUAGUGUCGAUGGGUUUGUACCUGGGAGAUCGUGCUUACCUGCGCAGCAGUUGGAACAUUCUGGAUGGUUUCCUUGUCUUUGUGUCUCUGAUUGACAUUGUUGUGUCGAUGGCAGGAGGAGCCAAGAUCCUGGGUGUGCUACGUGUCCUGCGACUACUCAGAACUCUGCGUCCCCUCAGGGUGAUCAGCCGGGCUCCUGGACUGAAGCUGGUGGUUGAGACUCUAAUCACGUCUCUCAAGCCCAUAGGAAAUAUUGUGCUCAUCUGCUGUGCGUUCUUCAUCAUUUUCGGCAUCCUCGGCGUGCAGCUCUUCAAAGGGAAGUUCUAUUAUUGUAUUGGGCUGGAUGUCAAGAAUAUCACCAAUAAGUCGGACUGUCUUUUGGCUAAAUACAAAUGGGUUCAUCACAAGUAUAACUUUGACAACCUGGGGCAGGCUCUGAUGUCUCUGUUUGUUUUGGCCUCUAAAGAUGGCUGGGUCAAUAUAAUGUACCAUGGACUCGAUGCUGUUGGAAUAGAUCAACAGCCGGUGACCAACAACAACCCGUGGAUGCUGCUGUACUUCAUCUCGUUCCUCCUCAUCGUCAGCUUCUUCGUGCUGAACAUGUUUGUCGGGGUGGUGGUGGAGAAUUUCCACAAGUGCCGCCAGCACCAGGAGGUCGAGGAGGCCAAACGGAGGGAGGAGAAGAGGCUGAGGCGGAUGGAGAAGAAGAGACGGAAGGCUCAGAAAUUGCCCUACUAUGCCGGGUACGGCCACGUCCGCUUGAUGAUCCACUCGUUAUGCACCAGCCACUACCUGGACCUCUUCAUCACCCUCAUCAUCUGCAUCAACGUCAUCACCAUGUCACUGGAGCACUACGACCAACCGAAGUCUCUCGAAACCGCUCUGAAGUACUGUAAUUACUUCUUCAGCUCCACCUUCGUGGUUGAGGCCACUCUCAAACUCAUCGCCUUCGGCUUCCGUCGGUUUUUUAAAGACAGGUGGAAUCAACUAGACCUGGCCAUUGUGCUUUUGUCUGUGAUGGGCAUCACUCUGGAGGAGAUCGAGAUUAAUGCCUCGCUUCCUAUCAACCCUACCAUUAUUCGGAUCAUGCGGGUGUUGAGGAUCGCCCGUGUACUGAAACUGUUGAAGAUGGCCACUGGGAUGCGUGCUUUGCUAGACACCGUAGUCCAGGCUUUACCUCAGGUGGGAAAUCUGGGUCUGCUGUUUAUGUUGCUGUUCUUCAUCUAUGCAGCUCUGGGUGUAGAGCUAUUCGGAGAACUGGUGUGCAAUGCAGACUACCCGUGUGAGGGGAUGAGUCGGCAUGCCACCUUUGAGAACUUCGGCAUGGCCUUCCUGACACUGUUCCAGGUUUCAACUGGUGACAACUGGAACGGGAUAAUGAAGGACACUUUACGUGAAUGUCCACCAGGCGACACCUACUCCUGCAAUGGCAGUCUGCAGUUCAUCUCCCCCAUGUAUUUUGUCAGUUUUGUGCUGACGGCCCAAUUUGUGCUCAUCAACGUGGUAGUUGCCGUGCUGAUGAAGCACCUGGAUGACUCAAACAAAGAAGCACAGGAGGAGGCGGAGAUGGACGCCGAAAUUGAGCUCGAGCUAGCGCAGGGAGGGCUGUGCUGCCUGGGUGGACUGGCAGCUGCUGCUGGGCCUGGCAUCGGGAUGGGAACUGGAGUUGGAGGAGGUGGAGGAGGUAGUGGAUGUGGAGCAGAGAGGCCGGGACUUGAAUGUGGAAGCAGACAGGCAGCCAUGGUGGGGGCGCACGUGCAUGCCAGCCAAAGCGGGUACACACCUCCAAGCGGUGGACAUGAAUCUCACAACCACAGGAAGCUUUACUCACCUGCACAGGAGAACCUGUGGCUGGACAGUGUAUCUCUGCUGAUUAAGGACUCUCUGGAGGGCGAGAUGCAGAUGAUUGAUAACCUGUCAGGAUCUGUGUUUCAUCACUACUCUUCCCCUGCAGUGUGCAGAGGUUGCCGAUGCCAGCCUACAGAGAUCCGCUUGGCUGAGGUGGAGCAGGCUUCUUUGAUGUCAGAGCAGCUCUCAGACAAGUCGUCGUCUCCAGCACUUCCUGAUGACCUCAGUCUUGAUGACCACAGUGUGUACCAGCUAGCUGUCAGAGACAUGAAGGAGGAUAGAGGGAGCAGUACCUCUCAGAGCUUAGAAGAGCUUCAGGCCACACCGGCAGAAUGCAGGGGGUCUCAUUCCAAGAGUCGAGCUUUCAGCAUGGGGAGUGAGAGUGGAGACAGGCUUCCUAAUUUAGAUCUUCAGAACGAAUCAGCAUGUCUUCAGCAUGUCCCAUCUCAAUGUCCAGCAGAUGGUGAGCAAGGAAGCAGUAACAGCAGAAGAGACAGGAGGAUGCCCUCUCCUCUCUUUUAUCUCCCGGCAGAGUUCUUCCACCCAGCCACAGCCGUGCCCCAAGGAAACCUAGCCUCGGGUAUGGCACGGGCAGUGCGACCUGGCUCUAGGCUUGCUUCCCCAGCCUCAUGGGCAUCGCUUCGGUCACCCGGAGCCAACAGCAGGGUCAUGGGCUCACAGCCACCAUCCCACAGUGACUCAUCAUUAGCCACAGGAAGCUCUGAAGUCCGCCUGCAGACCAUGCUGGAGCGAGGCAUCAACUUUAGCGCAAAUCCGAAUAGAGAACUGUCUUUACCUCGGCCUCUGCUUUGCCCUGUACCCGACGAAACCCUCCCUUGCUUGGAUCUCAACCAGAGACUGCAUCCAAACCAAACCUGCUUCUCUCUCCAGGUCACCAGGGGGCGCCAGAGGAGUCAAAGCAACUGUGAUGACAGCCCCCGCCGCAACAGGCCGAACUCCGUAGAACCUUCGGGUGAGGACACAGGGAUCGGAGGAGGAUUGGGUCAAGCAUUUAACAGCAAAAAUUUAUCAGAGACUAUCAGCAGCCUUUCACUAAGCUCGUUGCUCAUGCCUGGCUCACUGGCACCACCACUGGCCAAAAAGUGCAACAGCACUGGGAGCUUAGAACAAGGUAAUGUGUUGGCGCGAAAUAAAAAUGGACGGCACCUUCGUAGCACAGACCAGCAUGAGUACCUUUCAAAUCUCUGGACAGAAGAAAGAGACGGACGGGACGGGAAGAAAGGGAUUGCAGGUUUGGGGGUCAAAAGCACCAGUCAAACAAUGGACACCAGCUCUAGGAAGAACAGAUGAAACUCGUAAAAUCGUGUUUUUUUUCUCUUCUUGAUCGCCUCUCUUUUGAGAGUGGGACUUCUCUUAGUCUUUCAUUCGUGACACGUCCUUGUUUUGUGUAGCCCUGGCAGACAGGUCAAGCUCAUGCGAACAGGAGGACGGGAAGUAGACGAGAACCAGAAGAAAAGUUGAAUCUACAGAGAACCAAAAAAGAGCUGGCCGGUUAGUUGGGCAUCAAUUCAGAACAUGGAGCAAAAAAAAAAAAAAAACAGCUAAUAUUAUGAAUGAAUGUGCGGAAGAAUCUUUAGUCGAAUGAAAUUUGGAUGGCAUUUUUAUGGCUGUUUUUUUCCCCAUGAAAUUUGACCUGCAUCGAAGCUCUGUCGUGCAAAAGGUGACAUUUCAGGAAAGAAGCCCUGUGGUGUCUCUUCGAAUGUAAGACUUUUGAUGACUGGAUUUUAUAUCAUUCACAAAAAAGGUAGCAAUGAUCAAUCUCUUAGAAGCUUCCCUUAGUAAAUCAAAGAAAAAUGGUGAUUCUUUUCUAGGUGUGACCCUCAGUAUUAGAAUUUUGUCAGUGUGUAUGUAAGUUUCUGUGUCAGGAAUUAUUAAUUAUUCUUAAAUUUAAAAAAAAGGAGGGCUAAUUUAAAAUUUAAAAGUAGCUAGAUUUUAUUAAGAAAAUAUUUGGAACGUUAUAUAUAUAUAUAUUAAAAAAAACAUCAGAUUUCUGAUUCUCUGUUGGACAUUAUGGAAUAUUCUGAACUUGGAGCGCUGGGUAAAUAAAUGUACAGAAAAUAUGGAGAAAGCAGAUGAAAUGAAAACGUCUUGAUGAUUGUCUGCUCGUCGGGAUGAGACAUGGGCGAGAUUCAUGCAUGAGAGCUAGCGAGAAACAACGGUAUUGUACCAUAAAGAUGUCAAAAAUGAAGAGUUUUAUUUAUUUUUACAAGUAAUAGUACCUAAUCUUCCUCAUCCACAUUGUAUGUUACGUUUCGAACUAUUUGCAGUUUAAGAUGCAAUGCAAAAGAUAUUGAUUUUGAAAGAAAGUAAGGGUCCGGUGUCUUUUUUUUUUUUUUUAAGAAAGUGAACAAAAAAAAUAUUCAGGGGUCCAAAACAAAUGUCUUUCAGGAAAUUUUAGAAUUUGUUAUUUAUUUCAUUAUUUCUUUUCAGACUGCAUUGGAUUUUCGAUUUUUUUGUAGUCUACCUGCUAUGAGUGUUUUAUUUGGUUUAUUUUCCUUUCUAUUUUUUCAUCUCGAUCAAAUUCAUUCCAGACGUUGUUGACAUCAUUACAAAAUUCUUGACUUUAGGAUAAACACUAGCUGUCAAAUAAAUAGAAUUUACCCAGUAAUUUGAUUCUGAUUCAGCGCUUUUUGGUCUUGUCCUUGCGCGACACGUUCGCUGACACGGACCUGACUCGUUUUCAGGUACAGAAAAGAUGUAGUGGUUCUUUAGAGAAUUUUCUAGAUUGAUCUGCUUUGUGUUGCAGUUCCAGCACUUACAUUGUCAGAAGGUCUCUAAAGUGAAGUACCCAACUUUAAUGAUUAAAGCUGAGCCGCCAGAAGAGAUGAUUUAGCAGAGAUAAGAGAACUCUGUCCAAAAUUUAAUGCCUGUGAUAUACUGUAUGCUACAGUUCUAUGAGCAGACUAAUUGAUUUUUGGUACUUAAAAAGAUUUCAACAUCAUCUCUAAAUGCUGAAAUGAAGUUCGGAGAUUUAGGAGGGGUUUUAACACGGACACAAGCAGAUAAGACACUGAGUAUCUUGAGCCUCUUCAAACUAACACAGGAGCAUGUGGAGGUCAAAAAAAAAGAAUCAAAAGCUUUUGUCUUUUAGAUGUACCUUAUUAUUAGUGACUGCUCGUAAUACCGAUGAAACUACUAGGAUUGAGCGAUGCAUUGUAUCAAAAGGUUUUGUUAAUGGUAACACACAAAAUUAAAGGAAGAUUGGCAGAUUUAUUUGGUGAUUUCUCAAUUUUUUAAGAAAAUAUUUCCUGUCUUUAAUGAUCCGGGUUUCCUCCAAAUACCAAACA